AUUGUUAUUUUUUUACUUUAAUUCGUAGAAAAUAAUAUUAAAUUUAAUAUAAUAUUAAUUAAGUUAUCAUAAUGGUUUAUUUUUUCAGUAUUAUUCUAAUAAUUAAAUUUUUAUUUGAUCAAUCAGAAAGUCAUCCAAUAGUAGAGGAUAUUGGAGUCCAUUAUUUAAUAUUUAAAAACAAUUUACUAUCGUUUGAUGCAAAUGAUGCUAGUUGUUUGUCAAAUAAGCCAGUGAUUAUUUUUGUUCAUGGUUUUAGAUCAAGUCCUGAAACUUGGCGAUUUGCAGAUAUAUAUAAUGUAUUAUUAAACAAAAUGGAUGUAAAUGUAAUUUUGGUAGAUUGGUCUGAUGUUUGGUCAAAAAAAUUAAGUUACAAAUAUGCUGUUAGUCAAUCCCAUGACUUGAUCGAUUUAUUAGCAAAUUUCAUAAAUGUAUUGGGUCCACAUGGCAUACUUAAGAACUUAAAUGAUGUUACAUUAGUUGGUCAUAGUUUGGGUGCCCACGUGGUAGGCAAUGUGGGACGGAAAUUAAAUGGAGAAGUGAAAAGGAUUAUAGCACUUGACCCAGCCAGGCCAAGUUUUGAGAGCGAUUCAAUAAACGAAAGAGUCAAUAUUAACAGUGGAAAAUUUGUUAUUGUGAUACACACUUCAACAAAAUUUUUUGGUUUAAAAGAACCAUUAGGUCAUGUUGACAUUUAUUUCAAUGGCGGAUUAUUACAACCAGCUUGUAAUUACGAACCAAUCUGUAGUCACAGUAAAGCUAUAGAAUAUUUAAUCAACUCGAUAAAUAACUCAUCAGCUUAUACUGCGUUUAAAUGCGAUACGCUUGAAAACUGCGAGCAAAUGAUAAUAAACAAUGAUGAAGAAUCGAUUAAGAUGAAUAUGAAUAUACCAGUUUCAACAAGAGGAUUGUAUUUGGUUGUUACUCAAAAUUAAAAAUGUAUUAUACAAGAUAACGAGCAUUAAUGGUAAGUGCUUGGAGUGAUUGGGAAUUUGGUGAAACCUCUCGGUAUUUAUAAUGAGCUGUCUGAAAUAUAAAAUUAAUGAAAAAAUGUUCAAUAACUUCAAUGAAAAAAAUAUUGUUUUAUCUCAAAAUUUGUAUUUGCUGAUAAAAAAUCUAUUUUUCCUUACUUUUUAAAUAAUUUAAAAUAAAACGUACAAAGAAUGUUUUCAUUUAAAUAUUGAAUAAUAAUUGAUUGAAUAAUUUUUAUUGUAAAGAUAUUAAAACUCAACAAUUUUUUUCUGUAAUUUUGAUUAAGAAUUUAAUAAUUUUUUUAAUCCAUAUACUGUAAUAACAAUUUAGCUUAAAUUAUUUUAUAAUAAGAAUGUUGGAAUUUCAUUUUAAUCUUCAAAAUGAGAAAUGUUAUUUUUUAUUAUACAACGAAACAAAUGAUAUUCGUGAAAGUUUCUAUUAAUAAGUUUCAACUAAAAAAUUUAAAUUCUAUUUUUAUUGACUUUUAAUGACUAAAUAUGUUUUGCUAGGAUGUUAAAAACUCUGCUUUUUGGGAUUGAACCGAAUUUUCAAUUUUACAUUCGAGCCCGAACCGUACGUCAAUUUUAACGAUUUUCAGGCAAAAUAAUUUUUAUAUUAUUAUUCAAAAAAUGCAACGUAAUAUUUAAUAAUACUAGUUCGAAUUUUAAACCAAAUUACAAUGAAAAAAUCGGUUUGAUUUUUUUAAAUUUUAGAUUCGUUUGUCAAACUGAACUGAAAAUCCAAUGUUUGUUUUGAAAAUCAUUAGUUUAUAUACAAAGAGUAAACUUGUAUUUUAUUAAUUUAAAACGUAAAAUGGGUAUAUAUUAUAAUGUACUGACAUAUAUCAAUAAUUUGAACUAUUGGGGAUUUUUUUGUAUGAAAUAACAUUAUUCAACAUUGCAAGGUUACUAAUAUUACUUGAUGUACGUUACAUAUCUAAUGGAAAUAUUUUUUAAACAGAAUGUCUAUUAGUAAAUAUUAAUUGUUCUAUUUAAGUGGUACAUAUUUUACAUUCAAAAAAACUUUCGUAAAAUGAAAUUUUUGAGUGUUAAUUUCUUUCAUUACUGCCAGAUAAAAUAUUUCAUUUGAUUUUUGUAAUCUAUUCACAGAAGUAUUCGUCGAUACGGUUAGAUUUUUCUAUACUAGAUAUGUUUUCUUUUUUUUUUUAUGGUUUU